AGUGAUGAAAUAUAUUCUCUGUCUUCUACUUGCUGGGGGCAUCAGUGCUCGUGUCGCUCCGAUUGAAUCUAUCGUCGGUCCCGGAGCCCCAUGCAUCGGUGAAGAAUGUGGUGAUAAUUUAUCAAAUCCCUGCAGUCUUAUAAAAUGCAGUAACGGAUCUCACUGCGUUCCUCGGGGUACUACCGGAAGAUGUGUUCUAGAUUCUAACCCGUGCGCAUCAAUCAAGUGUGGUCGCGGAUAUCAUUGCGCUGUGGAAAAUGGACAAGGAGGAUGUGUUCCGAAUGUCCCUUCCGAAGUCGAUCUCUGUAGCCUUGUGAAAUGUGCACUUGGUGGUCACUGUGAAAACGGAAACUGUGUUCCAGAUGUCCCCUCCGAAUACGACCUCUGUAGCCAGGUAAAAUGUGCGAUUGGUAGCCGCUGUAAAAAUGGAGUUAGCGAAAUCAAUUUUGUGGUCCGAAAUUUCACAAAAAAAGCGUUUAGACGGCAUCCCAAUCAAUCCAUGCCAGCUUAUUCAGUGCCCCGCUGGACAGAAAUGUGUAUUCGGCAACAAACCUGCAACCUGUGUUCCAGAUGUGGCCUUCUCUGUUGGUUUUGCAUAAAUCUAUUUAAUCUUUGAAGCAUGACAAUUCCAAUGUGAUAAACAUUUGAUUAUACCACUUAUUUUUCAAAGUAAGCACAGUAAUAAGUAUUUGAUAAUUGUUAA